GGUGGAAUGACUGCUCCAUAGGCGCCAACCCGGACAGUCCACGCCUAUGGAGCCAGCUGCACCUUGCAGGAGCCCCAGGAGUCUGUGUGUGAUGUGCUCGUUGACGAUGAGACAUGGCCAGGCGAGAUGUAACCGCUGAGAAGGGGCGGAGCAACAUGCGGCGUCCAGCCUGCAGGUCCUCGUGACAACAUGAACACGUCGUCGACGGAGAACACAUCUGUCACCUACGCUCCGCACGAGGCCACCUAUUCCAUUACCCAAGUCGUCUUUAUUGGUACCAUAGCCGGAAUCCUGUCUGUGGUAACAGUGGUAGGCAACAUAAUGGUGAUGAUUUCCUUCAAGAUCGACAAGCAACUGCAGACUAUAAGCAACUACUUCCUCUUCUCCUUGGCUGUGGCCGACUUUGCUAUUGGUCUAAUUUCCAUGCCUCUGUUUACCGUGUCCACUCUUCUGGGCUACUGGCCUCUGGGACCCCUCGUAUGCGACACAUGGCUGGCUCUUGAUUAUCUCGCUAGUAAUGCCUCGGUACUCAACUUACUCAUCAUCAGCUUUGACCGCUAUUUUUCGGUGACCAGACCUCUCACUUACCGUGCCAAAAGAACCACCAAUAGAGCAGCCAUCAUGAUAGCAUGCGCUUGGGGUAUUAGUUUGCUGUUGUGGCCACCCUGGAUCUAUAGCUGGCCAUAUAUCGAAGGCGAACGGACUGUACCUGAAAACGAAUGCUAUAUUCAAUUCAUCGAAACCAACCAUUACAUCACUUUCGGAACAGCUAUUGCCGCUUUCUACGUUCCCGUCACCGUUAUGUGCUUUCUAUAUUGGCGUAUAUGGCGGGAAACGGAAAAGAGGCAGAAGGACUUACCCAACCUACAAGCGGGCAAAAAAGAUAGCAGCAAACGGAGUAAUUCCAGUGUAUUCGUGUGCAGUGAUGAAGCAAAUAAUGCCUGUUCGACGGUGGAUUUAGAAGACUGGCGAAGACCUCGAUCUGAGUCUUCAACGGGUGCCGAUACAGAUUCUGUUUAUAUGCACAGUACAGUCUGCGUCGAUCAUCAUCGACGGAAACGACCGCAAAAAGGAGGUUGGUUGGCGGGAAUAUGGAGGAUAAGAGCGUGGUGUGUGGCGUGGUGGCACUCUGGAAGGGAAGACAGCGAUACAGAAGAAGAAAGUCCCAGUGAACAAGGGCAAGGCUGCAUCACUCCGGUGUCUUUGGAUACGCCUUUACAAAGCUCGGUGUCGAGGUGCACUUCUUUAAACGUCAUCAGGGACCCGUACGUCAGCACAUUGUCGACACAACGCGAAUUACCACACACUCAGGCCAAUAUGACCCCAACUCGGCUAGCGCCGAGGGACUCCAGGAGCUUGCCGACGGGCAACCGUUUGGCAGGUCGUUCGGUUUCAAGCGAUAGCGUUUAUACGAUCUUGAUUCGCUUGCCUGGCGAUCCUGGAGAAGGCACCGGUUGUUCGGAAGCGGCCUCCAUCAAGAUGAUCCCGGAGGACGUUCGCACGCGAUCGCAUCCCGAGGUGGACUACUCGAUGAACACGUUGCACGCGAAUCAUCUGAACCGGCGACCGUCAGCCAUGCCAGACAUUCGAAUACCGCUCAAUGCCAAAAUUAUUCCCAAACAACUGGCCGGAAAAACGCUGCUAGCCAAUGCGACGAAAAACCAAGGCAAGAAGAAGAAGAAAACGCAAGAGAAGAAGGCCGAUAAGAAAGCAGCAAAGACCCUGUCUGCGAUUCUGCUCACUUUUAUCAUCACGUGGACGCCGUAUAACGUUUUGGUGCUGUUAAAACCGGUAACGGCGUCGAGUGCCCGCAUCCCGCCACAGCUGUGGGAUUUCUUUUACUACUUGUGCUACAUUAACUCUACCAUCAACCCGGUGUGCUACGCAUUGUGCAACGCCAGUUUUCGGCGAACGUACCUCAGAAUCCUCCAGUGUAAAUGGCACAAUAGGAACCGCGCCGCCAUGAAUCGAGGCUUUUACAAUUAACGUUGAGGAAGUGGCGAUGGAAUUGCGGAUGUACUUUGGCCGUUAAAAGGGCCAUUUCCGAUGUUUGUGCAGAAGCAAAGUGGAUUUUCGCGGGCAGACCGACGCUCGAGGGAUCCGCAACGAACUCCCCGGACUAUUUCUAGAUGUUUUUAUAUUUGUAAUUGUAUACCGCUCAAACCGUGUUCUAAAAACGUGCGUGAGGACUGACAUGGUAGGUUUAAUAACAAAAAAGAUAUUUAUACAUAAUAUAGAGGCUGUGUGUUAGAUUUAGUCUUAUUUGUUCGUGGCAAGACCAAUCUUUGGACAUCCAUAGCAUUAAUCGACGGGCUGACGGCUGUCUUCCACAUCCCACAUCUGACGGGAAGAACUGGCAGGACCAGGAAUCGUCGUCACUACAUACUUGCCUAACUUCAUACUAACAUUAGCAAGACUUUGUCUUUUACCCAACGACGGUCCAGUAAAACUGAAACGAAGAAAUAAUACAAAUAAUACACAUCAUUACCUUCAAAAAUCCUAUUUUCUCCUUGUCGAUUGACGUGUUGUGCCUGCUCACUGUCAACUGUAUUAUUUAUUCAGUUCAGGAAACAGCACCGGGACCUGUCUGGAGCUUCGUAGCGCCUCAAUGUAUAGCGAUUAUGUUUAGAAGCAAUAAUCAGCGAAUAUACAAUACAAUAAUUUUCUUCCCAUCCCGAUGAUGAUGAUACAAGAACAAUGUGCCAAAUUAUCGCAACGAUCAUAUUACAUAGAUGUUAUCCAUGAGUCAACUCUGCUCUGUGAAUAAAUUCCAAUUUCCAUUGCAAUAUUAAUUCGUGUUAUUUAUUGGAAAAAAACAUAUGUACUUUGACAAUCUCUAAUCAUCUCGAUGUUACGCUCCCAUACACCUGGAUGUUUUCUCUUGGCCCUUGAUUGACCCAAAUUUCAUCGAAUUGUUUGUACUAUGAACAAAUUUAAAACAUGACGGAAUUAUAUUAAUUCAAUUAUUUGUUAUUUCGUUUAAGAAAUUUAGUUUUAUUGUAUAAUCAUUUCAUCAGACAAAAUGACUUUUCACGAAGAUUUAUUAAAUACAAACAAGCUGUUUUUGUUUUCAUCGAUUUUUGCUCCAGUGCCAAACUAGAAGUGAUAUUUGAUACAGGUAUUAAGUAAGACGCAAAUUUGCUUUGAUCCCAUUCUCACCGUAUUUAAUAAAUCAUCGUGAUUGGUGUACUAAAGACAACAUGAGGUUCCCAAAGUGGCAUUGUAAAGGAAACAAGCGGCCACCUUGGCGGCCCCUUGAUUCCCAUCGACUUUUUUUUUGGACGAUUUUAAUAACGACCCAAUGGGACUUUCAAUGUAACUAUCGACGCACAUUAGGUACAAUUUAUUAUAAAAUAAAACCACAAGGAACGAGACUUUUGUAAUAUUUACCAUUCCCGAUAUAAAUAGUGGUUUGUAAAUGAUGUUAAUAAAUAAAAUGUUGUUUUAUAUACUAAUAUAAUAAAGACAUUUUAUUAAAAUUCCCAUUAAAUCACUAAAAAAGUUACGGGUAUUAUAAAUAUAAUGUUAAUGAAGCUGUAUAAACUAAAUGAGAUAAUAAAGCUAAAUUAAAAUAGACUACAAGCUUUACUUGAUGUUUUGGAUGUUAGUUUUAAGUACUCGAGCGUUUAAGGAGGAACUGCAAGUUUUCGUUUGUCUCUAUCGGACCUUCUCCACAAACGCUCGCAAAUUAAGCUAGAAAUAAUUUUACAAUCUAUUCUUCUAGCUCCCUUAUGAUACUUUCUAAA